AGUUCUUUGUGGAAUCUGAGCUGAAAGCUGUGACUGGAGGUGGCUUCCACACCUUCUGCUUUCAGUGCAUUCCUCGUGUUGACUACUCGAACAAGGUACAGAACUGUGCAACAAAAACUGUGCAGCAAAAACUGUGCAACAAGAACUGUGCAGCAAGAACUGUGCAGCAAGAACUGUGCAACAAAAACUGUGCAGCAAGAACUGUGCAACAAGAACUGUGCAGCAAGAACUGUGCAACAAGGACUGUGCUACAAUGUAUGUCCAGCAAGAACUGUGCAACAAGGGCUGUGCAGCAAGAACUGUACAACAAGGACUGUGCAACAAAAACUGUGCAACAAGAACUGUGCAACAAGAACUGUGCAGCAAGAACUGUGCAGCAAGAACUGUGCAGCAAGAACUGUGCAACAAGAACUGUGCAGCAAGAACUGUGCAACAAGAACUGUGCAGCAAGAACUGUGCAACAAGGACUGUGCUACAAUGUAUGUGCAGCAAGAACUGUGCAACAAGGGCUGUGCCGCAAGAACUGUGUAACAAGGACUGUGCAACAAGAACUGUGCAACAAGGACUGUGCGACAAGAACUGUGCAGCAAGAACUGUGCAACAAGGGCUGUGCAACAAGGACUGUGCGACAAGAACUGUGCAGCAAGAACUGUGCAACAAGGGCUGUGCAACAAGAACUGUGCAACAAGGGCUGUGCUACAAGGACUGUGCUACAAGGACUGUGCAACAAUGGCUGUGCUACAAGGACUGUGCAACAAGGGCUGUGCAACACAG